CGCUGCUGCAGGUGUCCAUGAGUCUCUUCUUCUUCGUCACCAUCUUUAACCACAGACUCGCUCGUCAACUAAAAAUAACGCAAAUAUGGAUCAUUCGUUCCUGUCAAUCAUUUCAGGCCAGUUUACGUGACGGAGCUGAUGCAUCGCGUGACGCGAUGAAGAUAUAAUGGCGUCCGUCGUCACUCCUCUCCGUCUCGUCGUCGUCUUCACCAGUUCACGCUCCCUUCCCUCCCACAGAAAUGCAGGACACCUCAGGUGUCACACCUGCUCGGCCGGCCCCAUGACAUGAGUGAGUGAAUGAAUGAAUGGAACUCUCCAUCGACCUCGCUCCUGCCCUGCCCUUGCGAGGUGGCAACAGCAACAGGGAAUACAUAAAUACGGGCACAUGUCCCACGGCCCCAUCCCCACAUGAGCUGAGCAUCACCGAGUCACCGACCCGUCUCCUUCCUCCACCCUCCUCACUCCACACACGCCUCUCUCUCUCUCUCUCUCUCUCUCUCUCUCUCUCUCUCUCUCUCUCUCUCUCUCUCUCUCUGCAGCUCGGAUUAAUUGCUACCAUCCGGACAUCGGGAGCCUUCCGUUUGAGCUCGCGGGGCUCACGUACACUCAUUCACCCACCGCUCACCUCUGGUCGGUCCAUCCAUUCAACACCCACGGCCGGCGCGCGGCCUCCGAGUCCGAGCCGAGUCCGGCGAAUGGGCAGGAAGGGAGGCCUGGCCUCCAUCUUCUCCUCCUCCAAGCACUCCAAGCCCAGCGCCGGCUCCUCGGCGAGCGCGCCCUCCCCGCCGUGGCCGUGGCCGUCCUGCGCGACCAAGCCGCAGACGGCGUCCUUCCGCGGGCAUGCCGGCGGCGGCGACGACCGGCCGUGCACCACGUCCGCCGCGGGGCGCUUCGAGGAAGCGGCAGCAGCACCGUGCGGCGGCGGGAGGCUGCGGCCGCGGCCGUGGCGCGGGGCCGCGCCGGGCGACGAGAUGUACAAGACCGUCAACUCGGUCUACUUCGACGCCGCCGACUCCCGCCGCUUCUUCUUCUUCGACGACGACGACGACGGAGGGGACGAUGACGCGGCGGACGACUUGCUCGACCUCGAAGUCGGGAGCUUCUGCACGACAACGGCCUCCGAGGAGUGGUCAGAGGCCGUCAUCCGCAGCCUCGGCCGGACGUCCACGGACCGCUUCUUCUUCGACGCGGGCCCGGCGCCCGGGCCCGCCGCGGCGUCCAACUCCGUCCUCGCCGCCUCGCCGUCGCCGUCCCCGUCCCCAGGCCGGGCACUGGCGCCGCCUCCGCGCGUGGAGGCUCCCAUGUCGCUGCAGGCGGCGCUGUCGCCGUCCGCGGCGGCAGCGAUGACGCUGUCCGACGACCCCGCCGACUCUGGCUCCAACGACGGGGUCAGCGAGGCCGAGCUGCCGCCGCCGGCGUCGGCGUCGGCGUCGGCGUCGGCGCUGGUGGAGGAGAGCGUGGCGGUGGCGCUGGACUCGGAGGACCCGUUCCGCGACUUCCGCGCGUCCAUGCACGAGAUGGUGGCCGCGCACGGACUCCGUGACUGGGCGGCGCUGCAGGAGAUGCUGCUCUGGUAUCUCCGCAUCAACGGCAAGCACAACCACGCGCUCAUCGUCGGCGCCUUCGUCGACCUCCUCGUCGGUCUCGCCACGAGCACGAGCAGCAGCAGCAGGGCCGCCUCUCCCUCCGCCACCACGACCACAAUGACGACAACGACAGCCUGCUGCUGCUGUAGUAGUAGCAGCACAAGCAGCUCCAGUACUAGCAGUAGCGCCGCCAGCGGUGGCGAUGGCUCUAGCACUUCCGCCGCUGCAGCUGCAAUGCAACCACGGAUGAGCGAUGCGGCGGUGGAAUAAGUGCCGGCACGUCCUCGUGCUCCUCGGCUUCGUAUGAUCUGGAAGAGGAGGCUGUUGCCGGGGAGAGGUAAAGCAAUGACCAUUGCACAACUAGCAAUGCACUCACUUGUUGCUGUUCUUGAUGCUCUGCUCGCAUCGAUGUAAUACUACUUUUGAAGUUAUUAGUACUGUACAAGGCAGCAAGGUCUCGGUUAAAUCAGGAGGUAACAGGCACGGCAUCGCCUGAUCGGUUA